AAUAAGAAGCUGUAAAAGGAAGAGAGUUAGAUGUUCACCAUAUAUACCGAAAGAACGGACCUGCUGGAAGAGGUGAGGUUGUGUGAGAAGUAACAUGCAGAAUCAAAUGCCAACAUGGGAUCAUCAGCAACAACAAGUUCUGCGAAUCAAGAACUCGAGCCAGAACUACAGUGAGAGCCCCACAAUGGAAGAGAAAGAAGAGGAGGAGAGUUCGCGGUCGGCGCUCUCCACAUUCCGUGCAAAGGAGGAACAGAUAGAGAGGAAGAAGAUGGAGGUGAGAGAGAAGGUUUUCGCACACCUCGGAAGGGUUGAGGAGGAGACCAAGCGCUUGGCGGUGAUUCGCGAGGAACUCGAAGUAAUGGCAGAUCCGACAAGGAAGGAAGUUGCCGCUAUUCGGAAGAAGAUCGAUGUGGUUAACCGUGAGAUGAAACCUCUUAGGCAAAGUUGCCUGAAGAAGGAGAAGGAAUACAAGGAAGCACUAGAGGCAUUCAAUGAGAAGAACAAGGAGAAGGCACAAUUAAUCAACAAGUUAAUGGAGCUGGUCAGUGAGAGUGAAAGACUCAGGAUGAAGAAGCUGGAAGAGUUGAGCAAAACAAUUGAUUCUCUCUGCUAAAUUAAUUUGGUCCUCACAAGGCCUUUGUGAUGUCGGAUUCAUCAUUUUAUAUGUUUCUAAUUGGAGUUUGCAAUGAUUGUUUCUUUCAUGUUUGAGUUUGUUGACAACAUGAUGAUCUAACAAGGGGAGGAGUUCCAGUUAGGUUGUAAUUGAGAGAGUUACUGGACAUGUAUCAUGAAAAUAUUAUUCCUAUCCCAGGAUCCUCACUAUGUCAUGUGAAAUUUCUCUUCAUUUCAGUAUAUUUUAUCUUCGGGUUGUAGUUGCAGUUA